CAUAAUCUAUUAUAUAACUCUAUUCUUUUGGUAAUGGCUCCCAUUUGAAAUUGGAUUUUAAAUCAAUCACAUUAGAAAAAAUGGCAAAGCUUUCCCACAUAAUUGUCAUCUUCAUGGUUUUCGUGUCAUCAAUCGUCGGAGCAUACGAUGUUCUUCUCGGUGCUUACUAUAGACUUGCUGGUAACAACCUGCCACCACCAUGGGAGGUGGUGCAACUCUGUAAAAAAUACAACAUUCGUCGCGUUCGAUUGUAUGAACCCAACCUCACCGUUCUUGAAUCAUUUCGUGGCAUGGGAAUCGACGUCUCUUUCGGUGUGCCCAACAACUUGAUUGAAAACAUGGCCACCAAUCACACCGCGGUGGAGGAGUGGUUUAUCAACUAUGUCGCACCAUUCAUUGGCGAUUUUACCAUCAACUACAUCGUUGUUGGUGACAAGGUCAUCCCUGGACUCGAUGGCAGGAUAUUGCAAGUCAUGCAAUCCCUUCAAGGUCUCCUUAAUGCUCGUAACCUCGGACAAGUGAAACUCACCACAUUGGUUUCCAUAACUGCAUUGUCCGCUCAAAGCCCUCCAUCUAGUGGCGCAUUUGACCCAACCAUUGCUGCAAACAUGAGAGGAAUCCUCCACUUCUUAUGGGAACAGGGGUCACCGUUGAUGGUUAGCUUAUAUCCGCAUAAAACAUAUUUUUACAGUGGCAAUAUGAGUUUGGGUUAUGCGACAUUCGCUGAAGAAAACUUUUCGAUUCGUGAUGGGGACUUAAGUUAUAACAACUUGUUUGAUGAAAUGAUGGAUGCAUUUUAUGCGGCGAUCGAUAAGGAAGAUGUUGGAGAUGUGGCCAUUGCGGUGGGGGAAACUGGGUGGCCGACUUGUGGGCAUCUUAACAUUACAACAACAUCGAUUGCAGCUACAUAUAAUCGAAAUUUUAAAAAUCAUAUUACCUCUGGCAAGGGGACACCAAUGAAGUCUAAUAUUUAUAUUCAAGGAUUCAUCAAGAGUAUAUUCAACGAGAAUGAAGAGCCUGAAGGGGAGUCGAAGUGUUAUGGCAUGUUCCAUGUUGAUUCCACACCUAUUUACUCGCCUGUGUUUUAAUUGGAUUGUUAGAGAAAAUGUCACAUCAACAAUCAAGGAAGAGUCAAGAAGACACAUCAGCUGAAGGUUGUCAUAUCACUCUGGAGAGUCAUGAAGAAUUAUUCUUUUU